AUAAAAUACCCCUCGCCCGCCCCGUCCGGAACAAGGCCAAGGCCAUCCACGGCACAACCGCCAACGGUGUUGGGCAGUUUCGCUUGGCUCCUCCUGUCUUGUAGCAGUUCGCGUGCACAAGAGGUCCCCAUGUACCCGAAGCCGGAGGACGGUCCGGCGACGGGCUUCCCGAUGAGCGCCGGCACGGCCCGCACGGGCGGCGGGCCGGGCGCUUACUACCAGGCGGCGCCGCCGACGGCGGCGUUCGCGAUGCAGGCGGGGCAGGCGCCGCUGGCGGCGUGGUCGACGGGGCUGUGCGACUGCUUCGACGACUGCGGCAACUGCUGCAUCACGUGCCUGUGCCCGUGCAUCACGUUCGGGCAGGUGGCGGAGAUCAUCGACCGCGGGUCGACGUCGUGCGGGGCCAGCGGCGCGCUCUACGCGCUCAUCAUGCUGCUCACGGGCUGCCAGUGCGUCUACUCCUGCUUCUACCGCGCCAAGAUGCGCGCGCACUACGGCCUCCAGGAGAGCCCCUGCGCCGACUGCUGCAUCCACUGGUGCUGCGAGCCAUGCGCGCUCUGCCAGGAGUACCGCGAGCUCAAGAAGAGAGGCUUCGACAUGAACCUCGGAUGGCACGCCAACAUGGAGAGGCAAGGACGCACUCCGGCGACCAUGCCACCCCUCAUGCACCCAGGGAUGACCCGUUGAUCGAUCUGUGCUUUUGUUCUCUAAGACACGCCUAAAGUGUGCGUCCUUGUGUAGUAGAAAGAAGUAAUCUCUAUGCUGUUCGGCGUCUUUGCGGUGCCGGUGUCUACUUACUUUGCAGGUUUCUGUAUACAAUACUGUGUAACACACGACUACUACUUUGUGUAAUGUUACUGCAAACGUAUUUUCCCUUUUU